ACCACUUGGAGGAUUGCAGUCAGUGAGAUCGGCUGGACGACCGAUGAGCUUACUUUCGAGUGGCUUCAGCGAGUAUUUGAGCCGCAAACUCGAAGCCGAACAGUUGGCCGGUACCGCCUCCUGAUUCUCGAUGGCCAUGGGAGCCAUAUGACACCAGAGUUCGACAAAUUCUGCAAGGAGAAUUCGAUCCUUAUCGAGUGUAUGCCACCACAUUCGUCGCACCUUCACCAGCCUCUCGAUGUCGGCUGCUUCUCGGUCCUUAAGCGGGUAUAUGGUGACUUGGUCAGGGGAAAGAUGGCAGUUGGCAUCCAUCAUAUCGACAAACCACUUUGCCUUGAACUCUUCUUCGAGGCCUAUACCAAGGCCCCAAAGACCCCAAAGGCCCAGGAAGCUCGUAUGGAGGCUCAAGGGGGGGAGGUAACAGUGGUUGAAGCGGUUGUACCAACCGUACGAAAACGCGCUC